CGCAGCGGCCGUCACGUGGGCGCCGAGGAUCGCAGUGCGCGUGGCCGCGGCGGCUGGCGUGGGGUUGAGGCAGUUGUGAGGCCGGAGCUGCGGAGCCAGCGGGCGGCCGGCGGCCCGGCGCAGAGCGACAGGCGCGGCUGCGGGAGCGGGAACCGAGCCCUGAGUCGGCCGAGCCGGCGCCGCCUCCAGCCGGGACCCGCCGCGGGCGCGCCCCCGCUCUGCGCUGCCUGCGAUGGCGUCCGCCUCCGGGGCCAUGGCGAAGCACGAGCAGAUCCUGGUCCUCGACCCGCCCACAGACCUCAAGUUCAAAGGCCCCUUCACAGAUGUAGUCACUACAAAUCUUAAAUUGCGAAAUCCAUCGGAUAGAAAAGUAUGUUUCAAAGUGAAGACUACAGCACCUCGUCGGUACUGUGUGAGGCCCAACAGUGGAAUUAUUGAACCAGGGUCAACUGUGACCGUUUCAGUAAUGCUUCAGCCUUUUGACUAUGAUCCCAACGAAAAGAGUAAACACAAGUUUAUGGUACAGACAAUUUUUGCUCCACCAAACAUUACAGAUAUGGAAGCUGUGUGGAAAGAGGCAAAACCUGAUGAAUUAAUGGAUUCUAAAUUGAGAUGUGUUUUUGAACUGCCCAGUGAAAACGAUAAAUUGAAUGACAUGGAACCUAGCAAAGCUGUUCCACUGAAUGCAUCUAAGCAAGAUGGACCCAUGCCAAAACCGCAUAGUGUUUCACUCAAUGAUACUGAAACAAGAAAACUCAUGGAAGAAUGUAAAAGACUUCAGGGAGAAAUGAUGAAGCUAUCGGAAGAAAAUCGACAUCUGAGAGAUGAAGGCUUACGGCUCAGAAAGGUAGCGCAUUCGGAUAAACCUGGAUCCACCUCAGCUGCAUCCUUCAGAGAUAAUGUCAGCAGUCCUCUUCCUUCCCUCCUUGUUGUGAUUGCAGCCAUUUUCAUUGGAUUCUUUCUAGGGAAAUUCAUCUUGUAGAGUGAAGCAUGCUGAGUGCUAUUUCUUUCUUUUUUUCCCUCUUGACCAGAAAAGAUUUGUUUACCUACCAUUUCAUUGGUAGUAUGGCCCACCGUGACCAUUUUUUUUUGUGUGUGUGUGUACAGCGUCAUAUAGGCUUUGCCUUUAAUGAUCUCUUACGGUUAGACAAAACAAUAAAACUGUUCGGCUUCUGGACAAAAAUUGUAUAUUAUCACAUCAUCACUAGCAGAUGUCAGUUGCACAUUCAGUCCUUUAUGAAAUUCAUAAAUAAAGAAUUGUUCUUUGUGGUUUUAAUAAGAGUUCAAGAAUUGUUCAGAGUCUUGUAAAUGUUAUUUUAAUAAUCCCUUUAAAUUUUAUCUGUUGCUGUUACCUCUUGAUAUAUGAUUUAUUUAGAUUGCUAAUCCCACUCAUUCAGGAAUUGCCAAGAGGUAGUCUUUGGGGGAAAUGGUGCCUCUUACAAGUGUAAAUUUUCUCCUUUACCUUUGCUAAUAUCAUGGCAGAAUUUUUCUUACCCCUUGUGAGGCAGUUGUGACUGAGUUUUUCAUCCUUACAAUCCUGUCCCAUGAUAUUUAACAUGAAAGAAAAUAAAACUGUUAACAGAUUCUCGCGCAAUAGCUUGUUUGUGUCUGUCGUGUCAUUAGAGGGAACUAGGAAUGGCAUGGGGAUUUGCAGCUUCUCAUGCACGUUUUCACUUCCAGUGCAGCCCUUCAGAUAUUGCAGUCUUUUUAGUUAAAAGUUUCAUUCUCUUAUUAAAAGGAAUUCAUAGAACUUCAAGUAAUUUUUGGUGUUUUGGAAGAUCAUAGUAAGUGUGCUUUCAGGGUAAUCUGAACAAAUACCACAAGAAUAAAAGAAGUACUUUUAGUCAUUUUAUGUGUAUGUCUUGUGACUUUUAUGUGUUUAACUUCCCACAUUCUUAACAGGUUCUUAUAGUAGCUUCUGAAGGAAGAUAAAUUCUCCCUGGUUUAGUUAAGUGCUUUUUAAUAAGCCGAAUAACAAUUUCAUUAUAUAGCACUACAUAAUAUUUAAAAUAGAUGUUUUUUUUUAAUCUGCUCAUUUUGUCCCUCAAAGUAAAUUUCCAUGAUGUAAAUUUGGUAUUUACUGAGUUAGCCUUGGGAAUUUUCUUUGUGAAAAAUGACUUUAUUCUUUUCAAAUCUCUUAAUUAUGUGAAAUGCAUUUUCAGUUUUAAAAGCAUUAUUAGGGUCUACUACUUUCCUGCACUUAGUCUUACGUCUUAUUUCAUUUGCACUAGCGUAUAAAAUUUGUACCCAGAGAAAAUACAUUGCGUUUUUCUUCUCAAUACAGUUUAAUACAGAUAAAUUUAUUUCUGAAAUUAGUUGUUUGUGUCUGAAGGGGAAUUUGGUCUAUGAGACUAGAUGUGGUGCAGUGAAGUAUGUUAGGCCCAGGUCUGUGUGUACAUUAUAAAAAGAAAAGUUUCGUUGUGCUUCCAUUUCAAAUGUUUUGGAUUUGUCAGAUUGUCAUUGUGCACUCUGGUAUAUUUUUAAAAACCUCUUGCUUGUGUCUGAAAGUUAUCAAAAACAAGCACAAGUAACACCUGUCCAUUAUUAGCAUGCUUCUGGGAUAAUGUUUCCAUUAUUGUACACUUUAUAGUCAUUGUAAAAUUUCCAUCCCUUUCUGAUAAAUGGAAAAGCAUGCUAAAAAAAGUCUUGCAUUUGUCUUAUAAAUGCAGAAUCAGUAAUUCCUUGGCUAAAAGCUCUAUAUAAUUAAUAUUGGUGAAAAGUAUCAAGCUUGACUUUCAUAACCAUCCUUCAAUAAUUUUCAAGUUUUCGAAAAUUUAUCAAAAUCCCGUUUUAUGGGAACAUUAGAAUUCAUUUUCAUUCCCCUGGUUGUAGAGUUGAGGAAUCUGAGGCCUUUAUUAGAGUUGAGAGAACUUUCCCCGUGUUUCACAGGUAGAAACAGAACUGGAACUAGAAGUCUUGUUCCUGAUUCUAGCUCACUCUCUUUUCUGGUAGUUUUGUAGAAAAACAUUUUUUAAUCUUAAUUUGAAUCACUGAAAUAAAGGAACAGAAGAUGUUAUUAGGUGUAUGUGAAGUGUCCUAUCCUAAGAUGGUUUUACAGGCACUGUUGAGUAGUCUCAUGUACAUGUUUGGUUUCAGUGUUUAGAUUAGAAAUCACUGCCCCAAACCCUAUAAAUAAACAUAAUGAAAUGCAAUGUAUUUCUUGACAGGCAUUUUACAAAAUUCAUUAUGCAAUGAUUUUGAGAUGGAUGUAGUUCUGGGUAACAUCUGCAAAAUAAAGUAUACAUGGACUUCUUAGCUGCUGAUGGAUCAGGAUACUGAUUGUAUAGGAGACUUAAUUUCUAUUCUUUUUACUUGCUGUAUGAAAUGUGAUCAGAUUAUUUUACUACCAAUGGUUACUUUCAAAGCCAGUUGUAUUUUGGCUGAUAAUAUAUAGAUUAAAUUGUCUUCAUUCCUUAUAUGUUUAGAAAGUUUUGCUUUGUCUGCCUGCUUACUUUUGUUUGUAAGCAUGAGGGAAAUAGAAUAUUGCUAAUACUGAAACCACAGUCCAGUAACUAAAGGCCUUAAUUAAGUUCAUAUGUGAUGCGAAAUGCACUACCAUCAUUCUCUAUAACUAAUGUACCUUAACUUUACCCAUUCUUGUAUUUACAAGAAACAAAUUUAAGAAUCAUAUUCUGAAUGUGUGGUAUAUAGGAACAAAAAAAAGGUAAUACUUGGAAAAAUGUGAAUCAGUUAGGAAAAUGUAUCAACUUAAAUUCGGGUCAAAGAAAAUACUCAUAAUUUCUCCCAAUAUUUUAGCUGAGGAGUUUCCUUUAAGUUGAUACAAUCUACUGUGGGAAUUAAACAAGAUUUAUCGGUAAAGAAGAGUUCUUUCAGGUUGUAUCCCCAAAUUGUGAUGUACCAUUUAAAAAAUAUUCAAGUAAUAGUUUCCUAGAGCGUUGCACAUUCCUAUUCAGUGGUUUUGGUGUGUGCAUAGCUUUUAAAAAGUUAACCUUUAUGGAAGUUAGGAAAGAUAAGUGUUUACCGUUUGGAAAAACAAAAAUUAAGCUAAAUAAAUAAUGUUUAUUUUCUAGCUUUCAAAGACAACAGACUAUUGUGUGAAUAAAUAAACUGUUAAAACAUG